CUGCCUUGUAAACCUUGUCUUGCACUGGUGCGUCGCACUCACUUAGGAUCGGAGCUGCCACAGUGAUUCCAGCCGAAGUCUAAGUAUCAAUGACUUGCUAGCUGGAUUUUGUCCACAAAUUCGGGCAGCACCGAUGCAGAGGUCUUCUUAGGAAACCUGUUUUUUUUUUUUUUUUUUUUUUUUAAAUUAGAGCCUGCCUGCUGCAGUUGCAGUGCUUCGUUUCUAGUUAGCAAGUGUAUGUUGGAGACGACGGUCUGAUGCUGAUGCAGUGAAGAUUGCUUUGAUCGCUCUCUUUGCUUGUUUACUCUGCGGUGUGUGUUCAUUCUCUCUGUCUAGCUCCACCACGAGCUGGAUGAUUACUCUUCUCGCUUUGCUGCUACAUUUUUUGGAGUUAUUUUAUUUGAACUUAAACUCAUCAUAAUGGCUGAUUCAUCAGCUGCCGAUCUCUCCACGGCUCCGAAUUCUACUGUCGUGGACCCCGCAGCGCAAAACGGCCAGUGUGCACCCACAGACCAGCACCCACCCAAAAGAGAGAGCCGGGGGGACCCUUUCACCAUGGACCGGGACCAAGCGAUGAAAAUCAGCGAAAGCGUCCAAUUCAGCGAUGAAGUUGAAAACAGAGGUUUGCUUGAAAGCAGCACGCGGCUGAAGCCACAUGAAGCCCAGAGCUACCGGAAGAAGGCAUUGUGGGUAUCCUGGGCCUCCAUCCUUGUCACAAUAGCCCUGGCCGUGGCUGCCUUCACUGUUUCCAUUAUGAGGCACAGUGCUUCUGCAUUUGGGUUUGCUUUUGACGCCAUGCUUGAUGUUCUGUCCUCAAUCAUUGUGUUGUGGCGUUACAGCAAUGCGGCCGCUGUGCACUCAGCACACCGGGAGUACAUAGCCUGUGUUGUACUGGGAGUGGUUUUUAUCCUGUCGUCCAUGUGCAUUGUGGGUAAAGCCAUCCAUGACCUUGCCACCAAACUACUCCCUGAAGUGGGUGAUUUUCUCUUUAGUGUUUCCAUUUUAAGCGGGAUCCUCUGCAUCAUUCUGGCUGUGGUGAAGUUUAUGCUGGGGAGGGUCUUGACCAGUAGAGCUCUGAUAACAGAUGCUUUUAACUCUCUUGUUGGAGGGAUCAUGGGCUUCUCCAUACUAAUCAGCGCUGAGGUCUUCAAGCACAACCCUAACGUGUGGUACCUGGAUGGCAUGACAGGAGUUCUCAUUGGACUCAUUAUUUUGGCUUAUGGAGUAAAGUUGCUUAUUGAUAUGGUCCCUCGGGUGAGACAAACACACAAUUACGAAACCUUUGAAUGAUUCACCUUGGGAACAAUGCCAGCAAGCGUGCCCUCCAGCCCUGUAUAUUACUAAAGACUUGGAAAUCAGAAGAACAUUGACCAGUGUUAUUUAUUUCAUUUAUCAUGCAGCUUGUCAUUGCUGCAGUAUUUUUCAUUCUUCGAACCCAGCAUGUAAAUAAGUCAUCACAAAGAAAAGCAAGCAGGAAAGGAGAAGGCAAAAUCACCACAGCUUCCCUUCGAGUGGUUUCAGGUGUGGAGUUAAUGGGGAUCUGGCAGAUUGUAUAUUGGACACAGAACGUGCAAUUCUUUAUUUGUGAAAAGGCUGAAUGUUGUCUUCAGUAGAAUUAUUUUAAAUCUCUUUAGAAAAAAAUUAACGGCGUUAAAAGGAAUAUAUUUUAUUGGAUAUGAUUCUUCAAGAAGCACACCAAAAGGAUAUAGGAGACCACACUGGACACAGUUAUCUAUUUAAGUUAAAGACUAGCUCUCAUGAGGUUAAAUUAAUUUUUUAAAAAAUCUUAACUAAAGGAUCCCUAUCUCUUUUCAUUAUUUUCAUCAUGUACAACAGCACAUAAAAACAAGCAAGGGGUUUUAACAACAGGGAGCAUGAUUAAAACAGCCUUUAGACAGAACUGCAGGAAAGGAAAUCCAUAUCCACCAAUUUGCUGCCCUCAGUGUCUAAAGGGUGAAGCAAACUUUCAAUAAAUCAUUGAUAAAAAGAAAAGCACAUUGGAUUGUCUUAAAUUGUAGCUGACAGCAGCUACACUCUUUAAUCAUUAUUUCAUACAAGAGCGAGCUGAGCUGCUUAUUUGAUGAUAUUAGCUUUAUCCCAUUAUCAGAAGUUUUGAAGAAAAUUGCUUACAACUUUUGUAAUGCUGUUUUACCCUGAAUCUCUAUAAAAGUUGAUCCCGUCAGUCAACCAGUAAGUAGCUGCAGGAUUGAGUAACAGGAUGAUAUGGGUUUUGUGCCACAGUUAAAGUUUCAAAGUCAUAGUGCUUGCAUACUGUACACUUGAAUCUGCAGAGGUUAACACUGCUAAGAGAAACAGAUCAGUUUUGACAACCUGUCUGGACGUUCUUAAGAUUUCUUUUGAAAGUCUAUGCUCUGAAUUCAUAUGUAAUUUUUUUGGAGUUUCCUGAAAUUUUACAAACAAACCAAAACAGGUCUCUUUAUUUUGGCAGUCCUGCUGUUCUUUGUUGAAAUCACACUCUAAGAGUUCAGUGCUAUUGUAGAACUUUUUUUGACUGGUGUUAGAGUUUACAAAAAGGGGAAUUUAUAAUUAUUUGUGAAUGACAAACGUAUGUGCUGAUGUUCUUGUGCGAUUAAUGUAUGAUAGGAAUCAAUAAUCCCAGUGGUGUGUAUGCAUCUGUACUUACACAAUUCCCAAGGUGUGCUGAAAACAUAAUGCUCUCACUCUUCCUGAUUCAUCAUCAUGCCAUUGUGUCUGUUUUUAGCAGUACAGUUCUUGCCAGACCUGGGCUCAAUUACAACUGUAAUUGUGCAAUGAAUUGCAAUUACAAUGUAAUUUCAAUUGUAGUUGAACCUUGAUCGAUUGCAGUUCAAUUAAGCAUUUAUUUGUCAUUUAAUCAUGAUUGUAUUUUCAACCACUUUUGAUGACCCCAUUUGUUUGAAAAAAAGGCCAAGUAGUAUGUUUCUGUAUUUGUGCCUGUGAUUAUUGCUAUGUUGUUUAGAAUAAACACAGUAAACAUGUUAAUGUUUAGUUGUAAUUAUAGCAGCGUAAUUGAACAAAAUAGCAUUGGAAUUGCAAUUGAAAUUCCAGCAAACAAUUCUGCUGCAAUUGUAAUUAUAAUUUAUCCCAGGUCUAGUUCUUGCCUUUUUGAAUUCUGCAUUUUCUGAAAAUGUUAUCAAAUAUAUUAUACCGGUUUAUGGGUUUCAAGUGCAAUGCACACGGAAUGAUACUUUGAGGUGUACUUGGGCAUAUCAUGGCCAUUCUUUCCGUUUGGUUAUAUCCUGUAAAAAAUGAGAACAUGCAUUUGGAACGUUUACUUCAUCAGUGUCAAAUUAGAUAUAUAAAAGAUUUCAGGGGUUGCUGUAUUCAGGCAGUGAAAUCUAGUAAUCUGUUGGCGAUUUGGGUACAAGGUCUACAAGAACUUCUAAUAGCCAAGCGAACUUUAUAAAAAGACACAGACACACCAGUAUUUCAGUUUGCACCUGCCAAACUAUAUCUGUUUACAUUUGUCUGUUAUACAUAUAUACAGAAUAUGUACGGAGCACAGCUUGACCUGCUUAAAACCUGUAGUACUGUAAGAGCACAGCAUUAAGAGUAUUGUAUUAAAUGUAUAGUUGUAGAUACUACAUCAGCACUAAUGACAUUGUAUAUUUAUAAAGAAUACACAAAAAGAAAAAACAGCAGCAGUGCGGAAAUUCUGUGUCACAGAAAAGGUUUAUUGAAAAAUAAAGUUUUAUCCUGCAUUAUACAUCAAAAACGUUUCUUUCUUUCUCUUUUAAACCACUUGAGUUUAUACACAAGCAACCAGUCUGAACCCAUCAGUUCAUAAACAGUACUGUACAGAGUAUACAAUCUACGUCCGAGACAGACUGCCGGAGUGUAGAAACGGACAACACUUGCACAUUCCGAGUGUGUCAAACUGCUGUGCCUCUCUGUCUGGAAUAAUAGGGGUGACAUUAGGCCAAUUCAAUGCAUUCAAAUUUUAGGAGUGCAUUUUCUUUAAAACAAGCUAAAAACAUUAAAAAGGAAUACUGUAAAGCCAUAAAUAUUUGUGACCAAAAUAUCUGGCGAAUCACACCCAUAAAACCUAUUUUUCUCCAGAAAUGUUGUCGAGCUGUUGCAAUAUGCAAAGUAUGUAUUGUGAAUGGAAUUUGAUAUUCGCGCCAAAAAUGCAAAACACAUAAUAAAAGGCUUGCAAAUAUUUAUGGCUUUACAGCAAUUGUGACAAAAUGGAUUCUAAAUCUGAAACAGCUGGAGGACACAAUCGGAAAGGAGUUGAGGGAGGCAGCUCACACAAGCAAUACAUUUACUGCAAGUUUUGUCAAUUAGCAGAGACUCCAUUCUGUAUUUCCCUGCAGGUAUGCUUUCUCUAUAUUUACAAGAAUUGUCUUCAACAGGGAAACUUGCAUGAUAGAAAAAUCCACCACUACAAUAACGAGCAGAUGCAUCCACUGGUGCUUGAAAAAACAUUACACCUCACAAAGCAAUUGACACAUCAGAAAAACAGCACUGACAACCUGCUUCGCUUAAGCCUUACCAUUUUUUAAUUAUUUUUUCAUUAAAGGUAAUCCGACUAUUUUGAUGGUAUCACACUAUUCAAUUUAUUCUACUCAGUAGACAGUAGUAGUUUCUCUAGCUCUAUCUGUGGACAAAACAAUAGCAAAUCUACUACCCAUCAAAGGCACAUUAUGAACUUUAAAACAGUACAUUGGUUGCAGGUAAUUGUCUCUAUUUACAAAGAUUUAAGCAACAAUAAUAAUGACAAAGAAAAUAAGACUUAACUAUGCAGAAUCUAUUUACAAAUGUAAUUGCGUACAAUAUAAAAGGAGGUUAUUACUGGCAUUUAGAACAUAUAGGGCAGAUUUCUUAUAGUGUCCUUCUCCCACUAAACUCCCACAUUUGUUUCAAUAGAACAUGCAGCAAUUACUGUGUAAUUGAGUUCCCACUGGCCGUCAUACAAGGAUGAUUUUGGAGAAAUAACAAGCAUAUAAAUACCUUCAUUUAAAAAUUAAAAUAAAUUAAGCAUGCUUUUUUAAAUCAAGUUGGGUGAUAUUAAAUAAGAUUAAAAACUGGUUUUAAUUUUCAUUGCAAGUCAUUAUAACCCAGUAAGUCCCCUGCCAUCAAAUAG